GAGCGUCCAAGCUGGGGCAAGGCCGCGCCACAGCACUGACUUCUGACUUCGCGACCCGCGCCAAGAUCAGCGACCUCAGCCACGUGAAGAAGGAGGGGCGCGCAGCGGUGGUGAAGCUGUUCCUCGACGUCAAUGGCGCAUCCUACGAAGUGGCCAUCCAGAUGGCAUGCAAAACCAACGCCGACACGGGCGAGAUGAUCGACCUAGCGGAGGCCACCGACACCCCGCCCGUUCAACCUCCAGCGCUGGAAGAAGCCACGAGGUGGCCCCCAACAUUCGACUCCGUGCUGACGACGAGCACCUCUGCGCACUCAUGGGAGAUGCCCGCGCCGACGCGUGGGCCACCGCCAGAGGAUCGCAUGGAAUCGCGCAAGCCAGGACUGGAACCCGACCUGGAGCGCCGGCGCCAGACCCAACCUUCAAAUUACAUGUUCGCCAAGGUCACCGAGGCCAACCAGAACCUGGAGACGGAGACCCUCUACUGGCCAAACGGAGAACCAUCCUACGAGCAGGUCGGAGGCAGGUUCCUCACAGACGCCUCAUUCGCGGGCGACAUCAUUGCGCGCGCAGUCACCGACCCCGAGAACGCCCACGACGCAGCCACAAAGCGGCCCCACAUCAUCACGACACGGACGAUCGCCACUGGCAUGAAGCCAAACACCAAGAGGACAAAGACCACGAUGGGCUUCACUUGA